GGAGGCUGCGCGGCCCGGCUGCGGCCUGCGGCGGCGGGGCUGCGGCCUCCGGCGGCGGGCAGCAUGGAGGACGAGAGCUGGCCUGGCCCAACCCUCUGGUUCCAUGACCAUCCCAGGCCAGAGGAGGCUGAAGAACGUCAGAGGAUGUUCCCCUUGAGACUUAAUGCAGAGAUAGACGUUGGGUCCCCUAAGGAAGUGGUUAUUGUCACAAAGGAAGAGGGAGGAGAUGGUGUGGACAGAACAACAGCUCUCUUCACUUGUAGAUGGGUUCCUUGGAUUUCGUCCAGAGUAUUGAGGAUGACCCCCUUCUGGACACCCAGCAUCUCGCACAUCACUCAUUACAAGCUCAUUUCAGGCCCAGAUUCCACCCUCUUCCUACAGUCAUCAUAGCAAGUCUUCUCUUGCUGAUACAUGUUGUGUUUGUUAUUUUAGCAUUUUUAACAGGUGUGCUUUGUUCGUACCCCAAUCCAAUUGAGGACAAGUGCCCAGGAAACUAUACCAACCCAUUGAAAGUUCAGACGGUCAUAAUCCUCGGAAAAGUUAUUUUGUGGAUUCUGCAUUUUCUUCUUGAACGAUACAUCCAGUAUCACCACAGCAAAGUGAGAAACCGAGGCUAUAACAAGAUCUACCGGUCCACAAGGCAUCUUAAAAGCCUUGCGCUGAUGAUACACUCUACUGGCAGCACGGCGCUCCUCCUCCUGCUCUGCCUGCAGCACUCCUUCCCAGAGCCCAGCACGCUGUACCUGGACCUCAUUCUGGCCACGCUGGCCCUGGAGCUGGUCUGUUCCCUGACGUGCCUGCUGGUGUACACAGUGGAACACCUUCAGAAAAAUAACAACAAACCGCCCCCCGCCCGUGCCGACAAAGAUGAUUCUGAAAGAUGGAUGUUUUUAUAUCAUCAAGCUAUGGUGAAAAUUCGAAAAUUUAAUAAAGCCAAGCCACAGCCUGAUGUACUUGAAGAAGAGAAACUCUAUGCUUACCCCAUCAAUAUUACCUCGGAGACUGGAUUCAGGACUCUCUCGAGCCUGGAAGACGUGGUGGAGAAGCAGGGAGACAUCAUAGUGUACCUGAGACGGCACAACGCCCUGCUUAGCCGCCGGCUGCUGGCCUUCGCGUCCUCGGACCUCAGCUCUCAGCCAAGUGGGGUUUGACAGCAAUUUGAGAGGAGCCACAGUAAUCUGAGACUGACUGACUGCCUGACAAGCUGUUGUAGGGAACUGAGCUUUGCCAAGUAACAUUCUAUGAUUUCUGUUGGAAACCCGAAUUUGGUUCUCACCUGUGUGGCUGUUUAAUAAGUAGGACUCGUGGAUGGUUUGAAAGGCACUUUGUAGCGCCUUGAUAACUCAAGGGUAAUGUCUGUUUUGCACAUUCUGAAAUUAUUUAAUUGCCUGGUUUAUUCUAGGAUCCAAGGUAUAGUUUAAACAUCUCCUUGGGCGGCAGUUCUUCCGUACUCAUUGGAACCUGGUAAUAAUUUGGCUUUUUAUAGAGGAAGUCUGACAUGACAACCUGUUUAAAACUGGGCUUUUGAGUUUUUCCCACUUUUAUACUGGUGAGAGAAGUCAUCAUUUCUCAUGGUUAGUUUUUUCCCACGGAGCCUUGUGUAUUUUAUAUCCUUGUGUGAUAUUGGAUGGCCUUGGCACUUACAGCUUUUAUAAACAUUCCUCACUUUAGGACCAAGGUCCCACUAGGUGAUUUACUUUGCAACCCCUACAUGUUUCCAUUCUCCAAAAAGAAGAUUUGAAGAUUACCUGGGCCAGUGUUAGGCCUCCCAGUGCUGCCAGUGACAGCAGCUGAAAUAGUUCGAGAAGACUCCAGCUUUCUCUUUAUUGUGGCCCUUCUUUCAGAGGUUGCUGUUUAUUUCAGUAGUGACUCACUGUCAUUGGAUCAGUAAGUUCAGUGAUAGCAAAGGGGUCUUCUGUGGCUUUUAAGUUUGUCUGAAAGAAAAAAUAUGUUUUAGUCUUGGAUUAUACUUACAAAUUAUGAUGGGAAAAAUGUCAUAUCAACUUAUAUGUGGAUAUUAAACAUAUCGAAUUCUCCAGAUAAAAUGAAGCAUUUUUUUUGAGUAAAUGGCAUUUUUUCUCCAGUUUUCCUAGCAUGCCCUUUUCAGGUAUGAGUUUGCUUUUGGCACGUUUACAUGAUGCCUCAGGAAGCCUUCUGUGUGAAGCUUAACAUGAGGAAGGGGAUAUUUGUGAUUGUGUAUGCUGCUAAGUUUUUUUUUGUUGUUUUUUUUUGUAUUUUGCUGAAUAAUCAAUAUUUUCCUUAAGGAAAACACUUGUGGUAGAUGAUUAAUUCUCAUUUAUUUUUAAAUUCAAUUUGGAUCUAUAGUCAGUUUCUAAGGUUUAUGGAAUGAACAUUGGUUUACAGAGAAAGGUAUAGUUAAAAAGUUAGAAUGCUCAUGUUCUGAAGGGAUGUCUGUAUAAUCACCAACACUCUUUUUGAAACUCAAUACUGAACAUUUCAAACAAUAAAAGAAAAUAAAAAUAGGAAUGAACAAAAUAAUUUAAAUAUUAAUCAUUCUGUGUACCAAGCAGGUACUGUGCUAGCACUGUGGAUAUGAAAAUUGACAGUCCUAGCUUGUAGCUUGCAUUCUUAGGAAAGGACUAGGAUUCCCAGGCUCUGUGCUAAGUGAAAUGAUGGCAGUAAGCCCAAGGUCCCUUAGGGGCUCCAGGUCAGAGAGUUUCCUGGGGGGAAAGGCUUUAGGAAUUCUAGGGAAAUGUGUGAGUAAACAAGAAGGUUGGACAGUUACAGAUGAUCAGGCUCACUGUGUAUAGCUUGAGCCCAAAGAGUGAGGCAGGACGUGGGAGGAGGAAUGACCAGCAGCAGUUUCUGGGGACCCUGAUGCUCUCUAGGCCAGGGGGCCUACACUGGGAUGAGGCCCACUGAAGGGUUCCAGGCAAGGAGAUGGCAGUCGGUUCUGGUUUCAGGAGGGUCAGACUGUCAGUGUGGUGUGGGAACGUGGGCACCAGAGUACGUGGUACUGAACUGGGGCAGAUAAAGUAACAUUUCAUCAUGGGUAUGUAUGUAUAUAGCUGUGAUGUAUUUCUAUGUUGUUAAUUUGGGGGAUUUUAUUUCAAAUAAGAGCAUCAUGACUUACUGCAUUUCUUGGCAUACUAAUGAAUUUGAGCUUUUCCCCCAUGUUCUUUGGCCUUUUACAGAUCUUUUGUGAUGUACAUGUGUAAGUGUUUUGCUUAUUAUUCUUGUGGGAUAUUAUUUUCCUAACAAACAUGAUCUUCCUUUAUAUAUAAGGAUAGAUUGUGGGAAACAAAAUUCACCUGCCCAAUUACCAAAGAAAGGACAUGGACACUUGGAGCACAGCAAAGCCAAGACUUUAAUAACGGUCUUGCAAAAGCCAGUGUCUGGGACAGGCACAUGCGUAAUGAUCACAGAAAUUCUUUUUAUUCCUAGUCCACAAAUCCCUCCCCUGGUUCCUCAUUGGCUGAGCACUACAGGGUUCACAUUCUUUCUCAAAUGUUGCCUACCAAUGAGGUUACAAUGUAUACUCUAAUACUAUUUUUUUAAAGAACUUUUAUUGAGAUACAGUUAACAGACAAUAAACAGCAUAUAUUUAGAGUG